UUUCCGGCUAUCCCACCCUGACGGAAUAACCCCCUCCUGAUAUCAUAUCCCCUCCCCACCCGCGACCGACGUCGACGUUUCCCAAGAAGCUGCGGAAUCGACCAACCCUCGGUGGACCCCACGGAAUAUCCCGCGGCAUAAACCUUCAAUUCCUCCAACGCUAUACCGAAUAUUCCCCGCUUUUCUCCCUCCCUUCCCUCUUAUUUAAAUCCCCUUUUCCUCCGCCCCUCUCUCAUCGCCGUCUCCGUCUCUAAAUCCCAAACACUAACGCCGAAACCAAUCUUCUUAGCUUUCAAUGGCUCUGAAAGCCGUUCAUGUCUCCGAUGUCCCCAAUCUCGACCAGGUCCCCAAGGGCCCCACCAUCGCCCUCUCCUCCUCUCUUCUCCCCAAAGGGAUGGAGGACUUGAAGUCGGCGUUCAAGCCGGCGAAGUUCGUGGUCAUCGGGCACAGGGGGAAGGGGAUGAACGCUUUGGCGUCGCCGGACCGCCGGAUGAAGGAGAUCAAGGAGAACUCCAUCCUCUCCUUCAACCUCGCUGGCCGUUUCCCCGUCGACUUCGUCGAGUUCGACGUCCAGGUGACCGCGGAUGAUUGCGCAAUAAUCUUCCACGACAACUUUAUACUCACCGAAGAGGAUGGCAAUAUAUCUGAGAAGCGUGUGACCGAUCUUACCUUGGAAGAAUUCUUUUCUUAUGGGCCCCAGAGAGAGCCUGGGAAGGUGGGGAAAAAACUAUUUAGAAAGACCAAGGAUGGGAGAGUGUUUAAUUGGAAUGUGGAAAUUGAUGACCCUCUUUGCCCAUUGGAAGAAGCAUUUCAGAGGGUUGAUUCCCAUGUUGGAUUCAACAUUGAGUUGAAAUUUGAUGACAAUCUUGUCUACCAAGAAGAGAAGCUUAUGCAUAUUCUCCAAGUAAUUUUGCAAGUGGUCGACAAGUAUGCGAAUGAAAGAACAAUAAUCUUCUCAAGCUUCCAACCUGAUGCAGCACUACUUAUUCGGAAAUUGCAGGGCACUUACCCUGUGUUUUUCCUGACAAAUGGUGGGUCAGAGAUCUAUAGUGAUGUGAGGAGGAAUUCUCUUGAUGAGGCCAUUAAAUUAUGCUUGGCAGGUGGCCUGCAAGGGAUAGUAUCUGAAGUUAAAGCCAUCUUUAGAAAUCCAUCAAUGAUACCUAGAAUAAAGGAAUCCAAUCUAGCGCUGUUAACUUAUGGUCAACUAAAUAAUGUUCCCGAGGCUGUAUAUAUGCAACAUCUGAUGGGAAUUAAUGGUGUUAUUGUUGACUUGGUUCAAGAGAUCACUGAAGCUGUUUCAGACUUCAUUAACCCAGAGACAGUAAGAGAUGAAAGCUUGUCUGAUUCAGUGAAGGAGGGGAAGGCAAAGGAGUCAACAAAGCUAGAAUUUUCUCAGCGCGAGCUUUCAUUUUUGAUGAGGCUUAUACCUGAAUUGGUGCAACAAUAGCCAAGUUCUUUUGUUUUUUUUUUCCUUGGCAUUAACGUUGUUAUACGGAAUCCUAUCUUAUUGGUAUACGUCAUGGCUGAGACCCUUCUUAAACUGUAACUGGAAUUUACUGUGAUGGUUUUUAAGCAGAGCCUCUCAAUUUGUCCUCUAUAUUGGCCAAGUCUUUUGGACCACCAAGGGGAAGAUGGUUGAGUGGCUGCUUUUUCCAUAAUCGAGAGGUUUUAGCUGUUAUGGAGGCAAAAUGUUGAUGAAAUGGGGCCUUUUGCAGCUUGCUUAUGAGUAUAUAUGACAACUUUGAGAGAAGAGUGGAAGCCAAAUGCAUGUAACAAUAUGGAAAUGAAUGGUGUAACUUAGACUUG